UCAAGCCGGAAGUUGGAGCGAAGUUUAGGGCUCGGAUGUUCCUUUAUCCCGUGUGCGUUAUUAAACCGGUUUAUAUCAGUGUGUUUCUGAUUAAAUGUGCAUUUUAGGGUUAUUCCGAGGUUAUUUGCAGCUCUGAGAGAUAACCAUGUUCGCUGCUGAUGAUGAAGACGGAGACUUUAUGUCUCCUACAGGAGGGGCCAAAUUAGCUUCCCUGUUCGGCUUGGACCAGACAGGCAGCCAGGCCAACGAGUCGUUCCAGUACACGGCCCCUAAACAGCCUCGUAAGAGCUCAGGUUGGUGCUCGGGUGGAGGCUCUGAGGACCUGAACGAUGGCCCACCUGCUCAGAAAGCCGCGCCUCCUCCCGGGUCGCCAGCUGUGCUCUUCGCCACCGCCGUUCACGCUUACAGAUAUGUUAAUGGACAGUAUAUGAAGCAAGGCAAGCUGGGAGCUGCGGUGUUAGGAAACCACCCCGACAAAGAGUAUAAGCUCCUGCUGUAUGCCAGCCAACAGAAACCAGUGACAGCAGCCAGGAUCCACUCGGGCUUCUACUUCACUGUCCAGCCCAGCAAUUACUGCACUUUUUAUGAUGACCAGAGGCAGAACUGGUCUCUUAUGUUCGAGUCGGAGAAAGUAGCCACAGAUUUCUGCAAAGAGGUGUGUCUGGCUAAAGCGAACUGCGCUUCUCCUCUGGAGGUGCCGGUGACUCAGGACCUGGUUCCCGGGGAGGGUCAGGGUGUAGAGAACGGAGACUCUCUGGAGGUCGCCUACACCGGAUGGUUGCUGCAGAACCGCACCAUCGGCCAGAUGUUUGACUCUAAUGUAAAUAAGGACAAGCUUCUGAGGAUUAAGCUCGGUUCUGGAAAAGUCAUUAAGGGCUGGGAGGAGGGCAUGCUGAACAUGCGUAAAGGAGGACGCCGUCUCCUCGUGAUUCCCCCGGCUCUGGCCUACGGUUCGCAGGGUGUCCCGGGCCGAGUCCCUCCUGACAGCACUUUGGUGUUCGAGGCGGAGAUUCGUCGGGUGAAAUUUGCUAAGGACACCGGCUCUGAAAGGACCUCCGUGAGCUCCAGGGACACUGCGGUCCCCUCUCCUGCCCCCAGCGUGGAGAGUCUGGGGCCAGAUCUCACUUCAGCAGCCAGUAGAGCAGGUGAACCACCACUAAGAGCCAAGUCCAACUCGCUGAGUGAGCAACUAGCAAAUCCAGAUGCCACCAAAGCCAAGCUCAUCUCGCGCAUGGCCAAGAUGGGUCAGCCCAUGCUGCCCUUCCUCGCAGGUCCGGCAUCCUCACCCUCACAAGCCGAGUCCAGCGACUCUGAACUGGAGGACCCGAGUGCGUCCCGAUUGAAAGAGCGUCCUCCUGUACCGUCUCCUCAGCCAGUACAUCUCACACCUGGUCCUUCUGCCUCACUCCAGGCAACAUCUUUGAUGCCUGUUUCCAUGGCAACGGCUAGUCCCCAGCCCAUGAUGUCUGUGGCAGGUCAUGGCUUCCAGCCGUACUCUUACUCUCAGGCCACUACGGCUUCCUCUCACCUACAACCGGUGGGACAGAUUUACCCCUCACAGACCGUCCCUUACCAAGGAAGCGGUGAUGUCACUUCCUUUCUGAUGACGGAGGCCCGGCAACACAACACCGAGAUCCGAUUGGCCGUCAGCAAAGUGGGCGAUAAAGUGGACCAGUUAGCUGCCAAGGUGGAGGAGCUGCACAGGCAGGGCGGGGGGCUCCCUCUGGGCCUGUCCAACGUCUCCAUGGAUACCACCAUGAUCAUGAACACCAUCCAGCGUAUCAUCCAGGAAAACGAGUGCCUGAAGAAAGAAGUGUUUGAGAAGAGCUCGCGCAUUGAAGAGCAGAACCGCAAGAUCGGAGAACUCAUCAACCAGAACCAGAGGUGCAUGGAGCAGAGUAAUAUACUGAUGGAGCAGCGGAACGAUUCUCUGAAAAACACAAGUGAGCAGAACCAAGCCCGGAUCCUCCAGGCAGAACAGGAUAAGGCGAGGUUGACGGAUGAGCUAGCCAGCUCGACAGCGCGGGUGUCGGAGCUGCAGUUGGAGCUGACCGCACAGCGUCAGAAAGCGGCGGCGCUGCAGUCGAGCCUGAGCGCCGCCCUGCAGGAGGCACAGCAGCACAACGCACAGCUCGCGGCUACAGAGAACCAGCUGCAGGAGAUGAAGGAGACGGCAGAGCGGGCGCAGGCGCAGUACAGAGCCGAGAAGCAGAAGCGGAAGGAGCUGGAGCUGAAGCUGAGCAACCUGGACGAGGAGCUGCAGGACGUGAAGAGCGAGAAAGAGAGUGUGGAGCGAACUUUGUCAGACAGGAAGAGGAAGUGGCAGGCGGAGAGGCAGCGCUGUGAUGAGGAGCUGGAGGAGGUGAGGAAGACCAGUCAGGUGGAGAUGGACCAACUGCGGAGUCAGCUGAGAAAAGCCCGGACCAACACAGACCAGGCAGCUGCUGAGCAGUUAUCACAGCUGCAGGCAGAUGUGGAGCGUGAGUGGAAGGCGAAGUGUGAGCGAGCUCUGGCCUCAGCACGAGAACAACAGCACAGAGACGUGACUGAACUCACAGAGCAGAGAGACACACUGCAGCUCAAACUCACACAGCUACAGGACAAGUUCUCUGCUAUGAAGCAGUCCAAAGAGCAGGAGGAGCAACGGUUACUACGGCAACAAGACCAGGGGGAGGAGCUUCAGGCCCUUAGAGAUAAGUGUUAUGUGUUGGAGAAGAGGGCGGAGUCACUGAGACAGCAGGGGGAGGAGCGAGUUUCGGAGCUGGAGAGGAGACUGGCCGAGCAGAAGGGGCAAACAGACACUACAGGAGAGGUGAAGCGUGUGAUGAACGGAGUGUUCCAGUCUUUACGGGGCGAAUUCGAGCUCCAUGAGACGUACACCGGCAGUGUGGUACUGGGCAUACUGGUCAACACCAUUAAGAACGUUACCCUGCAGCUGCUCUCGAAAUCUGAACCGUCCCUGAGCGAGAUUAACAAGAAAGAGGAGGAGGAAGAGGAUGAAGAGGAGGAAGAGGAGGACAGGAGAAGUGAAACGCAGUCUGAGGAGCAGGAAAACCAGGCACAGGAGUUAGACCUGAAUGGGAAGAAAGAAGACGUGGAAGAGGAGGAGGAAGAUGGCCAAGAGCAACUGACAGAGGAGAAGAGGAAUGAAUCAGAGACUGUGGAAGAGGACAAGAAGGAAGAGAAGGGUGGACAGGAAGUUGUCAAAAGUAUAGAGAAAGAAAAGGGUGGACAGGAAGUUGUUAGCGGUAAAGAAGAAGAGAAGGAUGGACAGGAAGUCAUCAGAAGUCAAGAGGAAGUAAAGGUUGGACAUGAAGUUGUCAAAAGUAUAGAAAAAGAAAAGGGUGGACAGGAAGUUGUUAGCGGUAAAGAAGAAAAGAAGGAUGGACAGGAAGUCAUCAGAGGUAAAGUGGAAGAGACGUGUGGACAGGAAGUCAUCAGAGGUAAAGAAGAAGAGACGUGUGGACAGGAAGUCAUCAGAGGUAAAGAGGAAGAGAAGGAUGGACAGGAAGUCAUCAGAGGUAAAGUGGAAGAGACGUGUAGACAGGAAGUGGAAGGUGCUAAAGAGGAAGUGAAGGAGACAGGAAAGGAAUCGGAUCGCCUUAAAGCAGAGGAGCUUGUCCAGCAACCUAACAUCACGACCCUCCCUCAGGUACAGAAUGAUGUGAUUCCCAAACAGGAAGUGAUCACAGGUCCACUGGGUGAGGUCACACCCGAAGAGGAAGCGGUGGCUGAGACUGAGAGCACUUUGCGUGUGUUGGAUGAAUCGGAAGCGGAUGACGCCAUUCACACUGGACCCCCAAAGAACCCGCCACCACCCCCAAACCCCGCCGAAGAGGACGGAGCCGAAACAGCGGCGCAGCCCAGCAGUCCGUCUAAGAGGAUGGAAGAGGUGAAUUCAGAGCAGCCGUUUUUCCAGAGCCCCAUUCCGACUAAACCUCCACCACUACCAACCAGUGAGGAAGAGGAGGAAGAAGAGGAGGAAGUGAGUUUAAAAGGACGGCCCCCUCCUACAUCUCUGUUCGGGGAUGACAGCGAUGACGACGAUCUGGACUGGCUGAGCUGACCUCACCUUCAACCAAGAGCCAAACACGCCACUGCCACCUGUCUGUCACCUGGGUAACGGUUCCCAAUGAGAUGCCAUCAAGACAAAACUAAAAAGAAGAGGAAUCGGAUGUCUGAAACCCCUCCCAUUUGCCUAAACUGUUUUGUUCACAAAGGAGUGCAGCACUUCCUGGUUUUGUUCUGAUUGAGUUAGAAAAAAAGGAUUUCCAAUCACACAUUUAAACCAGAUUCAAUUUGUAGCCUGAAACGUGACCAUGAAACAAUUACACGCUUUUUAAAGACGUUUUAAUGGCCAGAACUCGAUUUGACGGUUUGGUGUACGAGGUUUAUAACGAUCAUGACAGUUGUGAACUAGCUGCUGUACGGAUGUUUCUAUUCUUUACUAACAUAAAACUAUUGUGGAUUAACGUAAUAAAAGACGAGCUGGCUAAUCUUCACACUGUGUACUCAAUUCCAUUAAAUAAAUUUCAGCAUUUUUUGAACUGGAAUGGAU